GGUAAUAAUCGAGAAAAAAUUCCCACCUAACCACCACAAAAUUUCAACUAAAAAAACAACUAAAUUCAAAGACAUAACUUAAACCCCAAAAUAUCUCAGUGAACGCAGCUGAAUUCCGAGCACCAUCAAUGGCGUCCACUGCAUUUCUUCGUCUUCCAUCAACAUCUCUUUCCCUACCACUAAAAUCCUCCCGACCAAUCUCGCCUUGCGCUUCCAAAACCCUAAUCUUCAAAGUCAAGGCAUCGACAUCCGUCGACUUCUCCGCCCCGUCCAAGCCAUCCCCAAUUUCAACGACCAAUUCCGGAAGCUGGAGGUGGAAAUUCGACGGAAAUUCCGUAAACAUCCACUUCGACCGCCUCGAGAAAGGCGGCGCCGACGCCGAUCAGCCGCGGAAGGACAUCCUUUUGGUGCCCACAAUUUCCGACGUGAGCACCGUGGAUGAGUGGAGAGAAGUGGCCGAAGAAAUCGUCGCGAAGGAUGGCGGGAUCAAUUGGAGCGCGACGAUUGUGGAUUGGCCCGGCCUGGGCUACUCGGACCGGCCGAAGCUCAAUUAUAAUGCUGAUGUGAUGGAGAAGUUUUUGGUGGAUUUUGUCACCGCGCCUGAUAGCCCUAUUUCCAGCUCUGUUGCAGAUAACGAGUAUGUGGUCUUUGGAGGAGGGCAUGCUGCAACCGUAGCUGUUCGGGCUACAAAAAAAGGGUUUUUGAAGCCAAAGGCCAUUGCUGCUGUUGCACCGACCUGGGCUGGCCCCCUUCCUAUCGUAUUUGGUAAAGAUUCCAAUAUGGAAACUAGGUAUGGCCUUCUAAGAGGGACCUUGAGGGCUCCUGCUGUGGGUUGGAUGAUGUACAAUGUUCUUGUCAGCAACGAAAAGGCAAUCACGUCGCAGUACAAAUCCCAUGUAUAUGCCAAUCCCGAAAACGUCACUCCUGAUAUAGUCGAGAGCAGAUACGCACUCACCAAACGGAAAGGGGCCCGUUAUGUGCCCGCUGCCUUUCUGACUGGACUGCUUGAUCCAGUAAGUUCCAGAGAGGAGUUUGUUCAACUAUUCGCCGGACUAGAAGGAAGCGUUCCCAUUCUCGUUGUCUCAACCUCAGAGGCACCUAAAAGGUCAAAAGCUGAAAUGGAGGCUCUUAGGGGAGCAAAAGGUGUGAGCAAAUUUGUGGAAGUGCCAGGUGCUCUUCUGCCUCAGGAGGAGUAUCCGAAGGUUGUUGCCGAAGAAUUAUACAGGUUUUUGCUGGAGAAUUUCGAACCGGAUGUUUAAGGAAACUGCUCACAUUUCUCACAAAAUGGUGGAACACACAGGUAAAUCAUCAGAUCAAAGUCAUAUACACUCAUACACACAUUUCUUUAGUUUGUCAUGUUCUUAUGUGUGAUAAUUUUGUGGAUAAAAAACAUAAAACCUUUGACUCAUUAUUCAAUGACGACCAUGUAGAUUUGUAAUACUUGUAUUCAGAUUUCAUUUUACAAUUGCGAGCGAUUUUAAUAAAAGGUCUCUCUCUUUUUUU